AUGAACUUAGGUUUCCCCUUGUCGGAGUCCAGAGUCGAAGGGCCUUUGCUGCAUCGAGGCUCCUGUCAGGUUCUCCAGCAAGUGGUAUUAGUCCACGCCUGCCACGUGAUUCUCGCACUCCGCUGUUUAUCCGACAGCGAUCUCGCCGCAUCGCCCUUUACACAAGAGGAGGAGGCGUUGACGUCAAGCCCCGCGGAUACCCGUCAGGAGCCGCUCUUGCAAAGUCGACUUUUUGGUCGGAGGCAUCGCCAGGGUUUGUUCGUCAACGAUGAGGAAGCCGCCGGUCCGGCGGACCCCUCAAAGGGCUCCAGCCUUUCCAAAGAGGAUGGAUUAGGGCUCGUCAGCGGGCUGACAAGUGCUCGAUCCGGGGGAAUGGCGACCCUCUCAUCUCGUCACCUCGAGGAGAGGGUUUCCCCCUUUCCCUCCUCUGCGAGUGCGAGGGAUUACCUGCGAUCGGCCCCCUUGUACGGCAUCCUGACGGCCGCGCAUCUUCUUCGCUGCACCGCAUACCCUUUUCAGCGCUGCGAUCACGAAAAAGGCGCCCUGGCGGCUCGCCUCGCGCGCGUCGUGCGUUCGGACGUGGCGUGGUGCGCGGGCGCCCUCGCGCAGCUCAGUCAGUGGAUCCUCCGAGAAUGGAAAGGGGAAAUCAACGACGAGGCCAACGAUGGAGAUCUCCACCACGCGUCGGGGUCGAUAGGGGAUCUUCUUCGAUGCGCGUUGGAUGUGAGCCCUGAGGUGCAUACCGUUGGGAGCAUCACCCCGAAGGGGGAUGAAAGGGAAACCGGCGCGCGGCAUGGCGAACGCGUGGUAUUCGUUUCCGAACUUCUCCUCCAGGUCUUCCCAGAGGUGGGGUAUGCAGCUCUGAGGAAUGAAACCACCUGGAGUCGGGAGGCGGCCUUGACGGGAAAACCCACCGAGGUCGAUUUCGAUGUUGCCUGUGGCUGCCCGCAUCGCUGGAUGCGCGAGGCCCUGCCUCGCUGGUUGUUAUGCGUUUCGCUGAUGGAGCACGCGAGGGUGUGGGGGGAAACAACCCUCUUGAAGAAAUCCUUUUACCACUGGCGUCUUCGUCGAGGGUUUGGCGUGCUGCGGAAGCUUUUAGCUGGUGGGUAUAACGGGGUGGAAACGGGCGAGGAAUCGCAAGCGAUACCGAACAGCUCCGGCGAGAUGCUCAUUUCCUCACCCUCUCCUUAUCCCCUGGAUAAUCAACCCACGCAACGCGCAUCAGCGUUAACGAUGGUUAGGAGUAAGGGCGAGCAGGUGGCGAUGGUGUGGGAUGGGGUCGAACGCGCUGGUUUGCCGAAUGCGGACGAAAAGGAAAGCACCGUGGACACUGAUGACGCGCCCUCUUCGAUUGCAAAUCGCUCCAUCCCCUCGCUCCCCAGCGCCUUCGCCUCGCUGCCGGUAACUCGUCAGCCGUCAGCUGAAGCGGCCGCAUCGGCCCCCUCGCCGGGCGUUGACGAUCCUCCAGAAGGGAGGGUGGUGCGUGACGCUACCAAAAUCGAUCGUCCACUCCCCUCGUCCAAGAUAGAGGAUGGCGAUAAAGAAUCGGAUGACUUAGAUUCCGGAUUGCAGGGAACGAAAGAUAGGGAACGGACAGGUAGGCAAGGCCAAUCGGCCUUGCUCGAUGACGAUUUCUACAGGGAAUCAACGAUUCACAACGGGGCGGAUAAUAGCCAAUACGAGGCGCGGAUACCGGCAGCCACUUGUCUGUUUCCCGAAGAUCAUACCCCCUCGACUGCGAAGCCCUCUCCAGGUAAAAACUCCGAUGGGAUCUCGAUGCCGCACCUUCAAACCCCAUCUCCACCCCCUGACAAUUUGGUCGAAAGCAAUUGCACGGGAACCUUUCUUACACAGGUGAUUCCAGAUCCUCCGUUAAACCGCGUGAGCAAUGGCGUAAAGGAUCCCAAAUGUUUGGAGACGUUUUCUAAUUCUCCUUCGUUACCAUCUUCCCCUACGGAGUCGUUGUUGAUGUGCUUUUCGAAGAGCUCCUCUCUUCGACGCGUGCGCUACCUCUUUUUGCGCUGGCGGGAUGAUCGAUACUACACGACAGUCGCUCUCCGCUACGUGCAAACCCUCUGCUGUGAACACACGCGCGAGGCCGCCUUUAGACAUUGGUUGAAACGGCUAAAAGCGCACUUUCGAUCGCGGAAAGAACUUGAGGAUCAGCAACGGUGCGCACAGGUAUUGGAAACAAAAGCGCACGAGGUGUUGCGUGGCGUGCUGCGGCGCUGGCGGGAUCUCGCGCUCGUGGCUCAGUUCUCUAUGCAAACCAUCGGGCGGCGUGUGUUUCGUCGUUGGCGUCUAGUAGUCGUCUGUUUUGCGUAUGGCCGCAGAAACGUUCACACCGGCGUCGGCUCCUUCUUGGAUGUCGAAAAUCACGAACAAGGAUGGGGACUUAAGGGCGUUUGGAAUCGCUGGCGUGCGCGAUUUCUGCUCGAGCAUGCCUUGAGGUGGCAUAGGCAGCGAGAGCAAUUAAAGACGCUGUUGAGGCUGAUGUUGCGGGCUAAGCAACAACGAUGCCAUCAAUCUCUCCUGCUGCGCUACAAUAAGCGCCUUAAAGCAUCCGUCUUUAGAAAAUGGUGUGAUCGCUUUGAAAAGCAAAUCCGCUUAAGCGCUUUUUCACUGAAUUAUACGCGUAGACAGGUGCAGGAAACGUUUGAGCGUUGGAAAAUGCAGUACACUCUGCGAGGGACUGCUACCAAACGCGGGGUUGCCUUGCAAAGACGGCAUGAAGACAGGCGACUGGAGCGGGACUUUUUUUUUUGGAAAAAACGCCUUGCCUUGCGAAGACGACUUCAUGAGGUGCAGAAACAGGGCUGUCUGGGGCGAGGAACGUUGAUUCAGACCGCUUGGGAUCGCUGGGCGGGCCGAACACGAUACCGUCUGGCGUGGUGGCAGGGGCAGGGUGAGAUUGCGGAGGGAUUUCAUCUGAAUGCGCUCGCACGGGGUAGCCUCCGGCACUGGGCACGCCGGUUGACAUCCCAUCGGCAGGCUCUCGAGGCCAAUACGCAUUCACGCAUGGAAAACAGAAGCGAUAAUCAUUACGCCCUGCAUCUAUCCGCAAAAACCUUCUUUAGAUGGAAAACUAAAGCUUGGCUGAUUUCAAGGCUCAAUGUCGAUGCGCGUCGUAGGCUACCACGGGCUGCUCUCCAGCAGCCUGCAGUUUUGAAAAAUGUGCCGACGGAGAGCCGAAGGGAUCUCUUCGUUCAGACAAAAAAGCGCGAAAGCUCUGAGCAACGUAAUACCCUAACACCAUCUGCGCGAAGUGUUGGUUCGUCCUCCUUGAAUUCGGAGAGGUUGAAAAAAGUCCAUGAGGUGCGGAAAGCAGAGAAGCAGGUUUUAGCCCCUCGAGCCUCCGCGACUUCGGCCUCGCGUGUUGGACAUCCACCGCGAAAGAAGGCUCCCCCAAAAGUCCGGAGCAAUGCUAGCGAAGCUUUGCCUCGUGCAAAGAACGGCUUUAAUAGGGCAGUCUCCUCAUCCACACACGUCUUGCGUCCGUCUCCAUCCUCAGCCACGAUUUCGAUUACUAGCGAGGCUGUCGGUUUGACGCGUGCGUCGCUUCAGAGAGAUACAGCUGCUCUUGGAAAGAACCCACCGGAUUCCCCACAGAAUCACACAGCCUAUCUCACCUCUACAUCUUCGACCGAACCUUUCCACCCGUCUCCUAAGGAUACCAAAUUGGUUUUCAUACCAUCGUUGCACAAGCGCUCUCUUCUAGCAGAGAGACAACUUCUUUCAUUUGUGCGUAAAAACAGCUCCUCGUUUUCUAUUUUUACGAAGUUGUCGCGGGCGUGGAUUUCUCGGACGGCGUGCGCGAGCCGGGGUGAUAUCGUUCAAACCCUUUCCCUGCCGAACAACCCAAUCGAUAAGCGUGGUGCGGCUGCGUUCGAUCCUGUCGAUACCCCCUUCCCACCCCGCCAAAGGGGUUCAUGGGAUUUAUGCCUUAGUGCUUCAAAGUACUACUCGCUGUUGCUGAACGGGGAUGACGCCUCCCAAGGGGGCGAAAGUCGUUCCAGGGAUGGCAUCCUAUCAGGUGAAUGGAAACGAGGCCACUCCACGCUUGCGGCUCGGGAUGAGGGCCUAAAUGUUUCACAAGAAAGUCCGCGAUAA